UCAUUAUACACUACAGACUGUACACAAGAGGCAUUAAUGGGUUCAAUAAUAAAGUAGCUUGCUGACUGUGAAAGGAAUAAAUGGCAAGAUCUGCCUCUGUGGAGCUCCUUGUGUAGUGCGUUACUAGAAGAGACCUCAGGAUCUUAUUAUUCAAAAGGCUAUUAAACAGAAUCCCGUGUGCUGCCAUGGACAGUGUGAAGAUGGAAUCUGUCCAGAUUAAAGAGGAGUUCCCUGAACUUGAACUGGUCCCCAUUAGAGUGGAGUUCUCUGGGCUGGCUUCCCUCCCCAUUAAACAGGAGCUCUGUGAGAUGCAAUGGGACAGCAGCCAGCCAGAGGUCUCUGAGAUUAAAGCUGAGCACAAUGAAUUGGAGAUCCCCCAGACAGAAGAACCCCUUCCUGUUAAACAAGAAGAGGUGCUGGAAACUGACCGUAUUAAACAGGAGCCCCCUGAAGUAGAGUUUGAGCACAUGGAACCAGUGAAGGAAGAAUCUGAGGACUUCAAACCAAACAUCCCUGAGCUGGAGCCUGUAUGCCUGCGGGAGUGUAGCAUGGUGCUGGAGAGAAUCUGCGUGAGAGAGCAAGGCGCUGGAGAGGAAGGCUCUCCCAACAGCACACAAGGAGGUGGAAAGGAAGACGGGCGCUCCCAUUCAGAAUGCAGUCUAGCAGGUUCCAGUCCAGCAGCUAAAGCGAGGGCGGACAGUGGAGAAUAUCCUGACUGUGGAAAAGGUUUCACCCAGUUAGGACAUUUUAAAAUGGACCAGCGAACUGAUACAGCAGAGAAACCAUAUCGCUGCUCUGACUGUGGGAAAAGCUUCAGUCAGUCAACCAACCUUGUUUCACACCAGCGAACUCACACAGGAGAGAAACCCUAUCACUGUUCUGACUGUGGGAAAAGCUUCAGUCAGUCCGGACACCUUGCUUCACACCAGCGAAUUCACACAGGAGAGAAACCGUAUCGCUGCUCUGACUGUGGGAAGAGUUUCAGUCACUCGGGAAACUUGAAGACACACCAGGUAAUUCACACAGGGGAGAGACCGUAUCGCUGCUCUGACUGUGGGAAAAGUUUCAGUCAAUCAGGAACCCUGAUAGCACACCAGCGAAAUCACACGGGACAGAAACCGUAUUCCUGCUUUGACUGUGGGAAGAGUUUCAGUGUUUCAGGAGACAUGAAAAAUCACCAGAGAAUUCACACAGGCGAGAAACCGUAUCGCUGCUCUGACUGUGGGAAAAGUUUCAGUCGGUCAACACACCUGAAAACACACCAACGAAUUCACACAGGCGAGAAACCGUAUCGCUGCUCUGACUGUGGGAAGACUUUCGGUCAGUCAGGAGACAUGAAAAAUCACCAGAGAAUUCACACAGGAGAGAAACCGUAUCACUGCUCUGACUGUGGGAAGAGUUUCAGUCGGUCAGCUCACCUGAAAACACACCAGCGAAUUCACACAGGCGAGAAACCGUAUCGCUGCUCCGACUGUGGGAAGAGUUUCAGUAGGACAGACAGCCUUGUUUUACACCAGCGAAUUCACACAGGAGAGAAACCGUAUUGCUGCUCCGACUGUGGGAAGAGUUUCAGUAGGACAGACAGCCUUGUUUUACACCAGCGAAUUCACACAGGAGAGAAACCGUAUCACUGUUCUGACUGUGGGAAGAGUUUCCAUGUUAAACACAACCUUCAAAAACACAAACAAAUUCACAGUAUGGACAGAGAUUAAGGGGGUCAGUAUUUUCAGAAAAUCCACCCUAUCUUUUAAUAAACACUUUCUACACACCGUGUGGCUGCAACUGUCGCUACUGCCUGCGCUCUCCGCUUUAGGUAUCGCCCCUCACACCAGGCAUCACCAGGUUCGAGGCUGGCGGGGUCAGCUUCUAGCAGCACCUACACAAGCUACUGCAACAACACACAACCGUUUUGUGAGAGAGUGACUUACUGAGCUUCGGCUAAUUUUAAAACAGUGAACUUCAGCAUGUUUCAAGCUGUAUCUCAGCUAAGAAAAUUACUAUUAGCUAAAAUGUGAUCGAGGAUGAAAUUGACAAUUCAAUUAAACUGGUCUGCUUAGUGAUUCUUAUUAGACUUUGCUGCUCAGCCUGACAAAGACUUAAGAACAUAAGCAAGUUUACCAUCGAGAGGAGGCCAUUCGGCCCAUCUUGCUCAUUUGGUUGUUAGUAGCUUAUUGAUCCCAGAAUCUGAUCAAGCAGCUUCUUGAAUGAUCCCAGGGUGUCAGCUUCAACAACAUUACUGGGGAGUUGGUUCCAGACCCUCACACUUCUGCAUAAAAAAGUGCCUCCUAUUUUCUGAUCUGAAUGCCCCUUUAUCUAAUCUCCAUUUGUCCCCUGGGUUGACAUUGUCUAUACCUUUUAGGAUUUUGAAUGCUUGAAUCAGAUCACCGCGUAGUCUUCUUUGUUCAAGACUAAAUAGAUUCAAUUCUUUUAGCAUGUCUGCAUACAACAUGCCUUUUAAACCCAGGAUAAUUCUGGUUGCUCUUCUUUGCACUCUUUCUAGAGCAGCAAUAUCCUUUUUGUAUCGAGGUGACCAGAACUGAACACAAUAUUCUAGGUGAGGUCUUACUAAUGCAUUGUAAAGUUUUAACAUUACUUCCCUUGAUUUUAAAUUCAACACUUCUCACAAUAUAUCAGUCUAAUAGAGGUCUCUUAACACAGGUGGUCUCUUAAGAGGGCACAUAACUUAUGAAUUAUCUAUUUGUCUCUGACAUGCUUUCCUGUAAUUAUGUACAUCUUACAUACACUGUAAAAGCCAGAAGAUGUAAUAUGAACAAAAAGAAGUAUGUCAUUUAAUAACAUUCAUUUAGAAAUUGCAUUUACAAAACAAAUUAUUUUGUGAAAGUAAUGAAUGCUUGCUGGUCUCAGGUCACACAAAAUGUUUUAAAUCCUUUUCAAAUUUCAAUGCCUGUGUCUGUCUUUCAGCUACGUGUUGAUUCAUUGCAUCCUGAAACCAACGCCAGCAUAAGCUUAAGAUCUUUUUCGAUUACCACGCACAUUGUUUUCAUACUCUUCAUAAGUGUGGCUUGAAUUUUCCUUUUAACAGUUUGCCUUUAAGUCUUAAGCCGCCACAUCCUAAUUAUGAGAACAUUCUGUUAAAUUAGCGGAAAGAACAACACAACACGAAACUGAUACAUUGGAAGCUACCGAGUUCCCAGGCAAGUGCGAGAAUGAAAUGCAAGUUAAAGUAGCAACUGGGGGAAGUGAUUCAUGUCAUUGCAAAUAAUGAAGAAGGUGAAACAGAAUCAGCAAGUCAGUCAGGACAUCAAGGUAAAAAGAAGUGGCUUUGUUUAGUAAUUAACAAUUAGUAAUUUAGUAAUUAGUAAUUGGACAGCAGUGUGGAGUAGCGGUUAGGGCUCUGGACUCUUGACCGGAGGGUUGUGGGUUCAAUCCCUGGUGGGGGACACUGCUGCUGUACCCUUGAGCAAGGUACUUUACCUAGAUUGCUCCAGUAAAAACCCAACUGUAUAAAUGGGUAAUUGUGUGUAAAAAUAAUGUGAUAUCUUGUAACAAUUGUGAGUCGCCCUGGAUAAGGACGUCUGCUAAGAAAUAAAUAAUAAUAAUUAACAGUUUAAUUAAGAUAUUCAAUCAGCUCAAAACACGGUCACGUGAACAAAUAUAAAAACCUAAAACUUCAAGCCCUAGUUCUUUCUGUUUCACAAUGCUGUAUCUGCUUCUUUCUAGUGCCAAAUUGUUCAGCAGUUUUUCUGGCACUUACUGUCUUUACAAGUUUAGUAACUUGAAUUCUGUCAUCUAGGGAGGACCUUUUGUUUCUCCAUAUUUUCUCUCUUUACAAGAGAGCGCUGUUGUUUUUGAUUACAGAUAAAAGACUGCUCAAUACAGUUAAAUAAAAGCACAGAUAUCCUUGGGAGGAAUUUCAAGUGGUCUCUGAGACCAGGUGGUUGCAUGAGCAGGUUUGAGUGUAUGAAUGUAAAAUGAAAGAUUACCCUGCAAACAAAGAUUCCACAGGAAGUGCUGUCCUGCUGCUUCGGAUGGGGAACAUGACCACCUCCAUACUGGCAGACCUUUCUUAAAAAGCUCUAUAAAAAGAAGAAAAAAAAUGGACCCAAAAUUUAAAAUGGUUAACAAUGUCUCAAAUUAGCAAAAAAAAAAAGUUAAUUUAAAAAUUCACAAGAAAAAGUAUUGUCAUGAUAUUAAUACUGCGGUUGCAUUAAAAACACAUUUUUAAAUAACCUUACUUCACGAACUUGUGGCAUUUCUGCAGUGCUCGACAUCUGUUUGUUGUUCUACAAGAGAAUUGAGGUACGCUGCUUUUUUCACUGAUACAUAGCCUAUAACACACAAAGUGUAUGCAUUGUGUGUAGUUUGUUUACUGUAGGCUCAAACACCUUACAGUUCUUUGUGUGCAUACCUGGAUCAUUACUAUUCCUGUCAGGCUAUAAACCAUUGUAACAAACGUAGUGUGACAGGGCAGGCACCCGGCACAUUAAAAUGGUGAGUAUUCAUUUAAAAUGUUUAUCCUCCUGUGUGGCUGAUAAUGGAAAAUAUACAAAAUAUGUAGCUAAUACUUCAAGAAGGAGUUAGGGUUUGGUUUCUUUGUUUUUGUCUAUGAAUAGAAACACAGGAGUGCCCUGUUUUGAUCCCUCAGUUCUGUUGUGUGUUGUGAUUUCCACCAAAGUCUGUGUAAAAGAGCCCAGAAAAGUGUACAAAGCAAAGUGCUUUACCAGAGUAGACACAAUUAUACAUCUCAAGCUUCAUUGACAAGGGAAUUGAAAGAUCUACUUUAGAAAACGAGGAUGUUCUGAAUGAAUACUACUCUUGUCAUGACACAGGUGUAUAAUGCUUCCAGAGUUAUGCCGGUGCUUAGCACUAAUGUCCAGUGAGGAUGAUCAUUCACAGCACCCAGUAGCACCUUACACUGGGAUGGAUCAGCCUGCAAAGGCAUGUCCAGAUUAUUUGCAAGAUAAAUUUGCAUCAUUCCUUAACAAUUUACUCAGUACACAAAAUUACUAACCGCUGUCACAGAGGGGGCUUCCUAUUUCAAAUGUGUGUCUUUGCAUAACUGUCUGUGAGGAUGGCUUGGUCUGCUGCAGUGUUGUGUCUCUGUACCAGUGAAAGUAUGGAUGCAUUUUCACCUGUAAUAUUUCAUUUUGGUCAAUUUGGUAAAAACAAUAAAAUGAUUCAAAAUAAA